CCGCCCGCCGCCCGCCCCCCCGGCCAAUCGGAGGGGCGGUGGCGGCGGAGCGAGGUUCCCUUUGUUCAGCCAUUUCAGGGGCCGGAGCGGUGUCGGGCGCGGAGCCGUGGCGGGAGAGGACGGGCCGCUCCCUCGCCACUCCCCUGCCGCCGGGCUCUGGGAUGGUGUGGGCUCCUGACGCUGAGGGACGCACGAGGCAGAGGCCGACGGCGGCGGCGGCGGCGGGGCCGAGCCGGCCCGGGUGGGCGGAGGCGCGCCCGGCGCUAGGACCCAGGAGGACGCGACGCGGCUCUUAGGGCCAGAUUGCGAAUUGGCCGUGACUCAGUCUGCUCGGCGCGACGCACAGCGGGCGGCGGCGGGGAGCAGCGAGCCAAGAUGGAGUAUGAGUGGAAGCCUGACGAGCAGGGGCUCCAGCAGAUCCUGCAGCUGCUCAAGGAGUCCCAGUCCCCGGACACCACCACGCAGAGAGCCGUGCAACAAAAACUAGAACAACUCAAUCAGUAUCCUGAUUUUAACAACUACCUGAUUUUUGUUCUUACAAAGUUAAAGUCUGAAGAUGAACCAACGCGUUCCUUGAGUGGUCUCAUCUUGAAGAAUAAUGUAAAAGCACAUUUUCACAACUUUCCAAAUGGGGUAACUGACUUCAUUAAAAGUGAAUGUCUGAACAACAUUGGUGAUUCCUCCCCCUUAAUUAGAGCUACUGUAGGCAUUCUGAUAACAACUAUUGCCUCAAAAGGGGAAUUACAGAAUUGGCCUGAACUCUUACCAAAGCUUUGCAGCCUGUUGGAUUCUGAAGAUUACAAUACCUGUGAGGGUGCAUUUGGAGCUCUUCAGAAAAUAUGUGAAGAUUCUGCUGAAAUUUUAGAUAGUGAUGUAUUGGAUCGACCACUCAAUAUCAUGAUUCCUAAAUUCUUACAGUUCUUCAAGCAUAGCAGUCCAAAAAUAAGGUCCCAUGCUGUUGCAUGUGUCAAUCAAUUUAUCAUCAGCAGAACUCAAGCUCUUAUGUUGCACAUAGAUUCUUUUAUUGAGAAUCUUUUUGCAUUGGCUGGUGAUGAGGAGCCUGAAGUACGCAAAAAUGUUUGCCGUGCUCUGGUAAUGUUGCUGGAAGUUCGAAUGGAUCGCCUUCUUCCUCAUAUGAUUAGUAUAGUUGAAUACAUGCUUCAGAGAACCCAGGACCAAGAUGAAAACGUGGCUUUGGAAGCUUGUGAGUUUUGGCUGACUUUAGCUGAACAGCCAAUUUGUAAAGAUGUAUUAUGUCGGCAUCUUACUAAGCUGAUACCUGUGCUGGUAAAUGGUAUGAAAUACUCAGAGAUAGAUAUUAUUCUGUUGAAGGGGGAUGUUGAAGAAGAUGAAGCAAUUCCAGAUAGUGAACAGGACAUAAGACCUCGUUUUCAUCGUUCACGAACGGUGGCACAGCAGCAUGAAGAAGAUGGUAUUGAAGAUGAUGACGAUGAUGAUGAUGAACUUGAUGAUGAUGAUACUAUUUCUGACUGGAAUUUAAGGAAAUGUUCUGCUGCUGCUCUAGAUGUCCUGGCCAACGUAUUUCGUGAUGAACUUCUGCCACACAUCUUGCCCCUUUUGAAGGAAUUGCUUUUCCAUCCAGAAUGGGUAGUCAAAGAAUCUGGUAUCCUUGUUCUUGGAGCAAUUGCUGAAGGCUGCAUGCAGGGUAUGAUUCCAUAUCUUCCUGAGCUGAUCCCUCACCUUAUUCAGUGCCUCUCUGACAAAAAGGCUCUUGUGCGCUCCAUUACAUGCUGGACUCUUAGUCGCUAUGCACACUGGGUAGUUAGUCAACCCCCAGACACAUACUUGAAGCCAUUAAUGACUGAGUUGCUAAAGCGUAUCCUGGAUAGCAACAAGAGAGUACAAGAAGCUGCCUGCAGUGCCUUUGCUACUCUAGAAGAGGAGGCUUGUACAGAGCUUGUUCCUUAUCUUGCUUAUAUACUUGACACUUUGGUCUUCGCAUUUAGUAAAUACCAGCAUAAAAACCUGCUCAUUCUUUAUGAUGCUAUAGGAACUCUGGCAGAUUCUGUAGGACAUCAUCUAAACAAACCAGAAUAUAUUCAGAUGCUAAUGCCUCCAUUAAUCCAGAAAUGGAAUAUGUUGAAGGAUGAAGAUAAAGAUCUCUUCCCUUUAUUAGAGUGCCUGUCCUCAGUUGCUACUGCCUUGCAAUCUGGCUUCCUUCCAUACUGUGAACCUGUGUACCAGCGUUGUGUAAAUCUGGUGCAGAAGACCCUUGCACAAGCCAUGUUGCACAAUGCUCAGCCAGACCAAUAUGAGGCUCCAGAUAAAGACUUCAUGAUUGUGGCUCUUGAUUUACUUAGUGGUUUAGCUGAAGGACUUGGAGGCAACAUUGAACAGCUAGUGGCUCGCAGCAAUAUCCUGACACUAAUGUAUCAAUGCAUGCAGGAUAAAAUGCCUGAGGUACGACAGAGUUCUUUUGCAUUGUUAGGUGAUCUGACAAAGGCGUGUUUUCAGCAUGUUAAGCCUUGCAUCGCUGAUUUCAUGCCCAUUUUGGGAACCAACUUAAACCCUGAAUUCAUUUCUGUGUGCAACAAUGCCACGUGGGCAAUUGGAGAAAUCUCCAUCCAGAUGGGUAUAGAGAUGCAGCCUUAUAUUCCAAUGGUGUUGCACCAGCUUGUAGAAAUAAUUAACAGACCCAACACGCCAAAGACGUUGUUAGAGAACACAGCAAUAACAAUUGGUCGUCUUGGUUACGUUUGUCCUCAAGAGGUGGCCCCCAUGCUACAGCAGUUUAUAAGACCCUGGUGCACUUCUCUGCGAAACAUAAGGGACAAUGAGGAAAAGGAUUCAGCCUUCCGGGGGAUAUGUACCAUGAUAACGGUCAACCCCAGCGGAGUAGUCCAAGACUUUAUUUUUUUUUGUGAUGCUGUUGCAUCGUGGAUUAGCCCAAAAGAUGAUCUUCGGGACAUGUUCUGUAAGAUUCUUCAUGGAUUUAAAAAUCAAGUUGGGGAUGAAAACUGGAGGCGUUUCUCUGACCAGUUUCCUCUUCCCUUAAAAGAGCGCCUUGCAGCUUAUUAUGGAGUUUAACCUCAUGCACUGUAGCUGCAGUCCCAUAAUUAGAGGUCCUUCAGUCUGGGAGACUAUGAGGGAGCCUCUGCACCCAGGGAAAAUGUUACCCUUUACUGGGGGGAAGGGUAAACCAGUAGGGAAUACAGUACAAUCCCAACCCUACUGGGAGGGGCGGGAGGGAGGUGUUGCCGUCACUGUAUUAAGUCGAUGUUGGGAAAUGUUUUAACAUCUGGAGCCUUUGUGGGUGGAAAUCUGUCUCCUAUUACAACUCUGCACUGGAUGUGAAGAAGCAAAAAAAAAAAAAAAAAAAAAAAAAUCUGUUCACAAAACAGCACAUUCUGGAAUAUUGUGGGGAAUUGUACCAAAAUAAGAACCAUAUAAUUGAACCAUAGGGAUACGUAAAGAGGAAAACUACUUUGCGCACAAUAAAGGAAACCUAAGAAUGGGGGUCACAAACAGUAAAAGGCUUUCUUUUUUUCUUUUAUUUUUUUUAAGUAAGGGUUUUCUACAUUAUUUCAUCCUGCUUGAUGGGAUUCCUAGGUAUUUGCAUGUUAAUGAAGAACUACACAAAUGAAGUUAGUACAGUUAAAAUGCAGCUUGUGUCUGUAUUAGGAGCAGGCACUUGCAGUGUACAAUACAGAAACCCCAUCGUAAAUUAAUAAAGGUUACCUUUGACAAAAUGAAGAAACCUGCAAGCUGCCAAAUGAGUCACUCCUUUCAUUUUUGGGGUAAGGGGAGGGACACUUCAAAGGAAAGAUUGACAUCUUAAUUUUUACAUUUAAAAAAUUUGAAGUAGUGGAUAUGAUUUGAUUAUUGUACUUCAUUAGAUUUAAUUUCUAGAGUAAGGCAUUAUUCUUAACGUGCAGUUUAAGGUUCAGGCAUGCAUUCUGGCUCAUAGUGAUCAGAAGUAAAUUAAAUUAGUGGGGAAGUAGCAUGCUUGCAUCACAUAGAGUGAAAUUGGUAUACAUUUACCUAUGUUGCGCCAGUUUUGUGUUGCAGUUUACCAAUUCAAUAUAGCCCUGCAUUUAAAUUUCCUUUUCUAAGAUUCUGUGGAUUUUAUUUUUAUUAAGGAUAUAGAUAUAAAGUACUGUAGUUUACAAUUAGGCCUUGAAAUACCUUUUUAGGAUCUGUUAAGAAUAAGAUUGAUAUUGUAUUGUGUGUAACCUGCACAAUGUGGAAAGCUGAUAUAGCUGUGCAAAAUACUUGCCUCUGUGCUGUCAGUGUGAUGUGCUUUCUGCAUGGUUAUAUACUAGUGAUUUUAUCAGAACCUCUAAAAAUGAGUUACAUGGUAAGACCCGUUAAAGGCUGCAUAAAUGUGAGUUGGCACGUAAGACAAUUGUAGAAGUUGAUGACAUGAUUGCUAUAUUUGUGUUUAUUCCCACUCAACAUAUUACCUUCUAUGCUUUCUUUUUGUUCAAAGCAUGAUCUCAAAGAGAUGUUUAAGUUAAUGGAUGUAAUGCAGGGUAUCUACACUGUAUCGGCGCAUGUUGGUGGCCCUUUGUGAUGUAGUUAAAUGCACAAGGGUGCAAGUUUAAAGCUACGGAGUGAAAGUUGGUUUGGAUCCUCUUCAUUUCAUUUGUUUAGCUUUCUGUUGUGUUUUUUUUCUCUACUUACAUGUAUUCCUGUGAAUAAAUCCUUGUUAAGUUAACCCUUUACUUUUCCUUCCAUGUGUAUUUUCUUAUGUACUGUGAAUGUGAAAUCCUAACUGGUACACUUGAUCUUGUGUCCAUCUAAAAGUGGCAAGUCUUUAUUAAUUUAGAUUGCCUAAAGAGUAUCCCAUGAUGAUAAAGGAAAAUGGAGAGAUUUUUAACUCUGCUGGUCAGAGGUGAAGCCACACCUUUCCAUUUUUCAAGUGCUGCAUAAUUAAUCUGCAAAACAAAAUUAAGCCAUAACCGCCUUUUUAUAGUUUUAGUUUCUCACCUUUGCAUUGCAGAAUGGAUACUGGAUAACAGUUUUUUGUUUGUUUUUAUUUUAUUUUUUUGUUUUGUUUUAAGAACUUACUCUUCUUUGCAUGGUUCUCUUCUUUGAGUGUUGAAUGAUUUAGCCAUUGCACUGAAGUUUGAACUGCGUGAGUGUGAAUUUAUAAAUGCUGUUUAAAGAGUUUUGGGGUUUUUUUAUGCAUGAUAGCAUGCACAUGUUUUACCUGUUUCUCCCACCACCACCACCUUUUUUUUUUUUUAGCUUUGCAUAUUUGAAUGACUAUGCCUAAAAAUAGUUUGGACAUGUACUGUAUGAAGUACAUUCAGUAAUGGUAGUACCUAGUAUUUAUUCAAUUUGGUCAAAAUUGCAUGAGAUAACUUACUCUCAAAUUAUAUUGCUUUGGUAGCAAAUAUAAAAUUCCAUCUUAACUAAUGAUUCUGAAGUAAGUAAUCAUUUUAGUCACUAAAACCACUUUAAACCCAAAUUCUGAAAGAAAAAAAAACUUUAAAAUUUAGCAAGGUAGGAUAUUAUCGUAAACCUGAACUUAUUUUAAUUUUGAGUUUCUUUAAGCAUUAGGGAAGAGUUGCAGAAGGAAGUGACAUUAAACAUUCAUAAAACGGAAAACCUACCUAAACAAUACUGUAGCAUUACAGCUAGAAUCUGAGUUUAGUUAAGCUCUUUAAAGUUUCAGAAAGUCCCUUUAGCCAAAAAGAAUAAAAACUACUCCACCUCAUCUUAGAUUAGCUUACGAUGCCACUUUUGUACAUACAUAUUUUUAAUAGGUAUUUGUGAACUGAUCUGGUAUAACAGUAAGGAAAGUGAUUAAGGCAGAAAUAAACAGAACUGACAGAACAGUCUUUUAUAUCAAUAAGUUCUUUCAUGGUAUAUUUUAAAGCUAAUAAACCAUAUUCUUAAUGCAUAAAAUAGUGCAGAGAUUUGCAGAAGCCAUUUAGGAUAUAACAUGAGGUAAGAAAAGUUCUGAAUCAGCAUUAACAGUUGUGAUUCAAAUUAUUGCAUCAUGGGAUAUAUAAAAAGCAUCUUAAUUCUUGUGGUGUAGUCUUGACAGUUCUUGAAUGUUGACUGAAUGUUUAUACUGGUAGAAUUGUGAGUUUGUCUUUGUUACAUUCCAGUGUUUCUGCCUCUUGGCAUGCUAAAAGCACGGCUUACUUCAUUUGCUCCUUACACACUGAAUAAAGUGCUGUUAGUGUGCUAAACUACAGAAAUAGCCGCUGCUAAGUAAUGGUGUAGAUUUUCUACUUGAAUAUUUUUGUUGUAGGAACCUCAGGAGGUCAGUGUUUACUGUUUUUUAUAUAUGCCUUUUUUCCUGUUUUGAGUUUCCCUUUUUGAAGGAUUCUGAGAGUGAACAAAAGCUGCUGAUCAACCUAAGUUGGUAACAGAAAGUGUAUGUAAAAUCCUUAUAAAUGCAUCUUUUUGGCAGUUCUAAAUUGCAGUUAAAUUAGUCUUAAGUGACAUUCAAUACUACAGUUUCUUUCAUUACACAUUCAGGAAACAGCUCUUUUCAUUUAGGGGAAAAAAAGUUAGAAUAGUUCAUUAUUUUAACCAGUGCAAGCAAAAAUAAUAAAUUUUGUAAGCUUUUUCCAAAGCUUGAUUAUUUUCUAAAUCAGUGAAUGUGUAUAUAUUAAAAUUGUAAUAAGCUAAUUCUUACGCUUUAGUUUAUUGCUACUUAAAGGUUGUACUCAAGAGAUCACUUUUAGAAGAAUGGGUUUAAAAUUUAUAACCAUUAUGAUUUUUAGAAGUUACCAAGUAGCAUAAAUUUUGUAACUAACAAUAUUGAUACUCACUGUGAUUUUUUUUUUUCUUUCUUUUUGGUUAGGACUUUUAUGUUAGCAUCAAUCUUAACUACUUAAACUGCAUAUAUUGUAUAAUAGUAAAAUGUAUAUUUUAGAACUUUAAGUGGCUUUCCUCAAGCGAAACUCAUUGCUACUUAGAUUUUAAAAAAAAUAUUCAAAUACUAGCUUUAUCUCAGGUGAAUACUCUUGUACCCUUUUUGUUCAGAAUACAUGCUUAUAAAAAUGUGUCUUAAUUAUAUCAGUUUAUGUAUUUCAUAUUAGGCAGCUCCUCUGUCUUAAAACUUACUCUAAAUUAACCUUCUACUGUGGGACAAUAAUGACUUUUGCUUCACCUAUUUUAUUCAUAUUGAAUGUAUUAAUAGAUACAGGUGCAAAAUCGUUCUUCCCUUGAGGAGAAUGCAUCCAUAUUCAAAAAACAACUGAAAUACUUUAAAAAGAAAUGCUUUAAAUGCAAUGUUGUUUUGAAAAUCUUUUGUUUCAGAUUUUAUCAAGGAAAGAAGUUGCAACUUAACACUAAUUGCUUCAAUACUGUUUCUUUCAUGAGGGUGAUAGAUGCAUAAAGCUUCUGUGUAGGGUCUAAAGAGUAACCUUUUAUCUUAGAUAAAGGUUAGGCUCUACAGUGAAAUGACUGCUGUAAAUUACAAAACAUCUUGCAGUUAUCUCAGAUAGACACUGAUAUAGUUUGCAUACGUACUUGUUAUAUAUUGUGUAUUUCCAGUAACCUCAUUUUGAGUAAAUAAAGCUUGAUCAGUAGCUGUAUAUUUCACUCACCUAUGCAUUCUCCAGGAUGACUUGCAUCCAUCAGUCUACUAGGUAUUCUCCAAUAGAAACUUUUUUUUUGUCUGCCACUGAUGCUUGCUCUUUGCACUUAAUUGUUGGAGCAAGCCAGUUUUAGGUAGUUUUAAAUGGGAAACUCUGAGGUGGGUACUCUUUUUGCUUGCCUUACAGAGUAUGUUCUGCUAAAAUAAUGAGGAUACUUUCUCACUUGAAUGUAUUUAUGUGAGGGAAAUUAAAAUGACUCUAUAAAAGAUGAAUCCCUGUGUGGUGUUACAGUAUACUACUUAAGCCAAAUCCACAUCUCAGUUCAGCGCUUACAGUAUAGUACCAUUUUCCUAUAAGCUGGUUCUAUUGCGCUACUUUCACCUUAGGUAUCUAUUUGCUUUGGGUGGGCAACAAAACUGAGAGGGCCUGGGUGAUUUAUGUGGGGACAGUGAUUGGGGAAAAAAGAUUGGUGUAACCAGGUUUUUUUUGGCUGUUGAAUUCUCCAAUGUAAUACUAUCUUUUUUUCAUGGGAAGAAAUAGGUAGAUUCGUUGUGCAUUGUCUGACUUACUGAACACUUCUAAAAUUUUAAAUUGGAUGCAGUAUAUAAAAUAGCUUAAAAUGAGAAAUGACUGGAUCUUUCUGCUGACAACUUAGGUUGUAUGAGUUUUGCUUGAAAGCUUUAAAUCUGAUGUUUCUGUAUCUGCCACAAUGUUGGAAUGUUUCCUUCAAACAUAUCCUCCUGCAACCUCUCAAACUGUACUAAAUUGAGUGAUAUUUCUUGAAGUCUGCCUAUGUGCUAACAGAACUUCAUUUUAAAUAGAAUAUGGUUUUAAUUUUUGAUAAGCUGCUGAAUUUUAAAGAGUUUUUGGGGCCACCAAAUAUUUUGGAUCAUGCAGAGAAUAUAUAUUGUACUGUAGUAAUUUUGUAUUUACAUUUGUAUGAUGUGACAUAAUAGAUGUGAAUGUUAAUCACUGCUUGACUAUGUUAAUAAAGUUGUUUAAAUAUA